CGACCAACACCUUAGUCUGCCCGUGACCAUGGAUGCUGUAAAGGAUCCGAAACGUCGGGAUUAAAUAAUAUAAUAUAACCGCGAUAAAAUCCGUAAAAGUAGUUUUAUUUAAAUGUCUAAUAUUCGCGUAAGUGUCAGAAAUCAAUAUGUUAACCAGUACGGACUGCCAAUUGCAAAUAAAAUACGCCGGUUGGAAGAUCUCAAGACGAAGCGCGCAAGAUUCAUAACAUCCUUGAAUUUCUUGAAGAGAUGCAGAGACAACAGCAUCAUUCCUACGUGUGCCAUAAUUUCACCAAGGAAGGACAUACGAGGAAGCGCUAAGAUCUUAAACCAGGCAAGUAAAAAGUUACUACAGCAGUUAAUACAAAAUACACGAUCCGAUUUGCACCGCGUUAAUCAAGACAUUGAGGCGUCAUCCCAUGAAUUAAAGAUAGAUUUAACUACAUUUGAUUUUAAUAAUUGCAUGAAAAUACUAGAUGAGCGCGAAAAAUCUAAAUAUAAUGAAUGCAAAAACAGACAAAUAAUCAAAUUUGAAAAACUAACGUCUAAAUCAAAUGUCCAAAAUAACACACGAAAAGAAAACGGAACGCGCCCGUUACCUGCGAGCCAAUCACGCGCAGUUGUCAAUCUAUCAAAAAAUGUCUUGGAUGAAAAUACGGUUCAAGUGUUAUCGAAAGGCCUAAAUUUUGCUGUAACACCUCGAAAAAUACCGGUAGAAAGCAUUAUAUGCAACGUGGAAGACUGCCUGUUUAAAAAUAAAAUCAAUAAACAUGAUUCGGAGGCGAUACGUCAGGACAUUUCGUCUGUAUUACGUCGCAACAUACUGCCCAAACCGAAUCUAAAUAAAAAUCAAUAUCUAGCGUUAAAAAACCUUCGCGACAGGCCUGAAUUAACAAUUCUACGUGCAGAUAAAGGUAAUGCUACGGUGGUGAUGGAUACGUCAGAUUACAAUGAUAAAAUACAAGACCUUUUAUCGGAUGUAAGUACAUAUAAACAAGUGAAGACCGACCCCACAACAAAAACAUUGAAAUCAACUAGUGAUUUGAUAAAAAAGUACUCCGAAACAUUGAAUCUAGACGUAAAAUACCUAGUUCCUAGCUGCGCAAAACCACCAAAGCUGUAUGGGCUACCGAAGAUACACAAACCUAAUGCUCCACUACGACCAAUAGUCAGCCAAAUCGACUCACCAACCUACAGAUUGGCUCAACAUCUGGCUAAAGUACUUUCACCAUUGAGAGGAAACACAGCAGCAUAUGUAAAGGACUCGUACCAUUUUGUCAGUGAAAUAAAACACCUACAACUAGCUGACAAUGAAACUAUGGUCAGUUUUGAUGUUCAGUCAUUGUUUACAUGCUUACCCGUUGAAGACUGCAUCAAGAUUGUGUCUAAGAAACUAGCAGAGAAUAACAUGCCUACUGAAUAUGCUGAACUGUUAAAACAUUGCCUAACAUCUGGCUAUUUACUGUGGAAUAAUCACUUCUACACGCAAGUGGAUGGUGUAGCAAUGGUCCCAGUAUCUCCCAUUGUUGCUGAUAUCUUCAUGGAGGAUUUUGAGGAGCGAGCCCUGCAAUCUGCACCCGUAACACCCAAAUUCUACAAGCGGUACGUAGAUGAUACUUUCACAAUACUACCAUCUGACAAAGUCACAGCAUUUUUAAAUCAUCUUAACUCCAUAAACCCCAAAAUUCAAUUCACUAUGGAGUCAGAGGCAAACAACUCCUUAGCUUUCUUAGAUGUUUUGGUUAUCCGUAACCCUAAUAACACCUUGAGUCACACUGUGUAUCAGAAGAAAACCCAUACAGACAAAUACCUUCAUGGUGAGUCCCACCACCAACCAACACAGUUAUCUACCGUUGGUAAAUCAUUGUUUCAGAGAGCACGUGGGAUCUGCGAUGAACAACACCUGGGUGCUGAGCUUCAACAUGUUAAGCAAGUACUGCACGACAACAAGCUCCGAGUACCGCGCCCUCGUCGCAGAACCCGCGUGAAACCAGCCACAGUUGAGCGUCUACCUGCUGUUCUUCCAUACAUAAGAGGAGUCACAGACAAGAUUGGCUACAUCUUGAAGCGAGCUUCAAUCAAAACCUACUUCAAGCCGCUGAAGAAGAUUAGUCAAUUCUUACCACCUGUCAAGUGUCACAUACCUCUACAAGAUGCGGGUGUAUACAAGCUUGAAUGUGAUUGUGGUCUCUCUUACAUAGGCCAAACUAAAAGAAGCAUAGGGACCCGCGUAAAAGAACACAUCGCCGAUGUCAAACACCGCCGUUCCAGACAGUCAGCAGUUUGUGAACACACACUAGACAAGGCCCAGCAUUACAUCAGAUUUGAUAAACCACAAGUCCUUGCAAAAGAAAACCGAUUCCUACCUAGGAUGAUUCGCGAGGCUAUUGAAAUUAAAAAACAUCCAAAUUUCAAUAGAGAAGAUGGCUGGGUCAUACCACCUGCUUGGAAUCCCAUCAUAGAAACUAUUAAAUCAAAAUCCAAGCCUACAACUGCUCGACCUAAGGAUACAGUUAGCUCGUUUUGCGUGAAUCGGAUUGUCAAUAAUAAUUAACAAAAUGUAGGGUAGCUGUUUGUAACUAAUAUAUCAAGACGACCAACACCUUAGUCUGCCCGUGACCAUGGAUGCUGUAAAGGAUCCGAAACGUCGGGAUUAAAUAAUAUAAUAUAACCGCGAUAAAAUCCGUAAAA